CAUGGCGGCGCCCCACUCCACCAUGCAAUUCUGGAAACCCGGAUCAGAGGCCCCCGGUGUGUGUGAGGAGAGAGAUCUGUCCACUGAGACCACUGGCUCUCCCGUCAUCUAUAACCCUCACACUGCUCUCUCUAUAGAGAAACAGAGACAGAGACUGCCAGUGUUUAAGCACAGAAACAACAUCCUGUAUCUGGUGGAGAGUUUCCAGACUGUGGUGAUUGUUGGAGAAACAGGAUCUGGAAAAAGCACACAGAUCCCACAGUACUUAUUGGAGGCGGGAUGGGCGGCCGAAGGGAAGGUGAUUGGUGUCACUCAACCUCGGCGGGUGGCUGCUACAUCUGUGGCCAGUCGUGUAGCAGAGGAGCGUGGGGCGUUUCUAGGGCAUGAGGUGGGCUACACCAUCAGGUUUGACGACUGCUCUGACCCUCACGCCACACGUAUGAAGUUUCUGACAGAUGGGAUGUUAGUUCGGGAGAUGAUGUCUGACCCACUGUUAAAAAAAUACAGUGUGUUAAUGCUGGAUGAAGCUCAUGAGAGAACGCUUUACACGGACAUUGCCAUCGGUCUGCUGAAGAAGAUUCAGAAGAAGCGGAGAGACCUGCGUUUGAUUGUAGCCUCUGCAACACUGGAUGCCAAGAAAUUUCAAGAUUUCUUCAACCUGAAUGAGUCUGGAGACCCGAGUAAAGACACCUGUGGUAUUCUGACCGUUGAGGGCCGAACCUUCCCUGUGGAUCUCUUCUACACUGUAAGUCCAGUUCCAGACUAUGUAAAGGCCACGGUUGAAACGGUGCUGAAGAUUCAUGAGACAGAAGAUGAUGGUGAUGUGUUGGCAUUUCUCACAGGACAGGAGGAGGUGGAGAAGGUGGUGUCUAUGCUUCAGGAACAGGCUCGAACUCUGUCCCGCUACGGUAUGAAGAAGCACCUGUGUGUGAUGCCCAUGUAUGCAGGUCUUCCAUAUAAUGAACAGAUGAGAGUGUUUGAGAGGAUUCCCCCUACUGUCAGAAAGGUGGUGGUUGCUACCAAUAUAGCUGAGACGUCCAUCACCAUUAAUGGCGUAGUGUUUGUCAUUGACUGUGCGUUUGUGAAGCUGAGAGCAUAUAAUCCUCAUACAGCAAUAGAGUCACUGAUCGUAACGCCCAUCUCUAAAGCCUCCGCAUGUCAGAGAGCGGGAAGAGCAGGACGAAACCGUGCAGGGAAGUGUUUCAGACUCUACACAGAGGAGGACUUUGAGAAGUUGCCUGCAUCUACAGUUCCAGAGAUGCAGCGCUCUAAUUUGGCUCCAGUCAUUCUUCAGCUCAAAGCUCUGGGAAUCGACAAUGUUCUGCGAUUCAACUUCCUAUCUCCUCCACCGGCUCAGUCUAUGGUUCAAGCUCUGGAGCUGCUCUUCGCUCUUGGAGGUCUGGAUCAAUACGGGCGUCUGACUGACCCGAUGGGCGUGCGUAUGGCAGAGUUUCCCCUCAGUCCCAUGUUUGCCAAGAUGCUGCUGGAAUCAGGAAACUUCAGCUGUUCCAAGGAGAUUGUCACCAUAGCAGCCAUGAUGCAAAUUCAGAACAUUUUUAUGGUGCCACACAAUCAGAAGAAAUCAGCUGCACGUGAGCACAGGAAGUUUGCUGUGGCUGAAGGUGAUCAUUUGACCAUGUUGAACGUUUAUGAGGCUUUUAUAAAGCAUCAGAAGAGCUCUCAGUGGUGUCAGGAUCAUUUCCUGAACUAUAAAGGUCUCUUGCGUGCUGUGACCGUUCGAGAGCAGCUACGACACCUCCUCAAUAAGUUUAAGGUGCCUCGAACAUCCAGUGAAGGUGACCCGGAUGUGAUUCUCAGAUGUAUUGUGUCAGGAUUUUUUGCAAAUGCUGCUCGUAUGCAUCACUCCGGCUCCUACAGGACGCUGCGAGAUGAUAGAGAACUGUACAUACACCCUGAUUCUGUGCUGUAUGGAGAAAAGCCCCCAAAAUGGGUGGUUUUCAAUGAGGUGAUUCAGACCAGUAAGUACUACAUGCGGGACGUGACGGCAGUCGAGUCUUCCUGGUUGGUGGAGUUGGCCCCUCACUUUUACAAACAGGCCAAGCACGGGUCUCUGAACAGCAAACGGGCCAAAGUCUUCUGAGCUGACCUUCAACUGACACACAUCUCCAAAAACCUAGUGCACUCCUUAGACACAAAGUUUAGACACAACUUCACCACACAUGCGGAUAUCAAGCCCGAAAAACACUAAAACACUCUUGUUACUUUUUGUAUAUACAGAUGUAUGAUAUAUGGUCCAUCCUCGUAAUCUUAUUAUUUUGAUUAGCUUUUUAGUGAAGCUAGAGAGCCAUUGGAGUCAAAUGGACUGUGAUUUGAUUGUUUACUGUUAGAGACUGAAAACUGAAUGAGAAAUAACAAUAUUUGGAUGGAUAUCUGAUGGCCAGAAUGUAAAGCUUUACAACAUUGCACGAACCCCUACUCUCAAUAAUAUCCAUAUUAAUAGCCAAUAUUACUAUAAUAAGCUAUUUUUACAAAUGAUUUCAAACCCUCAUCGGAGAAAUACUGUGUAGCUCAAUCGUAGUGGCCUUUUAACCAUUUUGUGCCAAAUAUUAUGAAACCAUAGAGCAUUUCAUGGUAUUUAUGGAAUGUGCAAUUAAUCAUAGUUAUACUGUAAGCAUGUGUCAAAAAGUGCCAUUUUUAUAUUUGUAUCCCUAAAAAUGAGCCUUGUUCCACACCUUUAGACACAAAAACUGUUAUUAGGUGUAACUAGUCAUAGUUUCAUAUUGUCAUUUCCUAAGGAAUAACCAGCCAUGACUAGUUGUUUGAUAAGAUGAGAGUAAAUAGCACAGUGAAAGACACGCCUCAGGGAGGAGCUCAUUUCAUAAUUAAUUGGACUGGGGUGCCAAUCCUGUGAGUGAAGGCGGAGCCUCUGUCAUGUCAACAUAAAUGUGACGCUCUUUAAACUUGGAAGCAGCUAAUGAACAUUUUUCCUGUGUAUUUCAUUGCUGUUUUAAUUUUACUGUGGUUUCUUUGUCCCCAAUACACUUGAUUCUGUUCCAAAUCAAUUUGAAAGUGGUUAAAGUCCAUAUAAAAUGUACUUUUAAAGUUACUUCUAUAACUUUAUUGCCAAAUCUCUCUAUGGUAAUGUAAACGGUUAUAUAUGUAGUCAGUUCAGUAGUCUGAAGUAGUGUAGCUGUUCUGUUUCACAGUCAAAUUAGCUGAAUAUAAAACCAGUUUAAACAUAAUAGCAUGAUCAACAAAAUCUUUAAUAUGGAAAAUCUCAAGUAGUUUCACUUUAGUGCAGUUAUUUGAAUCUGAUAUGUAUUAUGUGAGCAAAGUGUAAUCGAAGUUCUGUCCGAAUGCCCCAUUCCAAAGCACUGUACAGCAUAUAGUUCAGUUAUUUGUUUGUAGUAAGUAAUUGUGUAUAUUACUUAUUGUGGUACAUUUUUAAAAGGAGGAAAUAAAGAAAAAAACGUAAAAGACAGUAAAAAGUGAAUUGGUUGUUUGUGCUGAACUAUAUG